AUGACUAGGCGACAGGCUGUUUAUGGUUCGAGAGGUUUCGUCUUGACAGCGCAAAUUAGUACUUCCAGCCCGUCACAAGUUGAAGCCGAAGAUUUAGGCAUUCGAGAGUGGCCGCAGCAAGUCAAACGUGGAAGGUGGUCGGAAGAAGCUAAAAACGGGCAAACUCUGUCGCGAUAUAUUCUGGAAGGAGAGGGAAUAGUUUUCAUUGCAGACGACAAAGCAAGAAAAGAAACGAAAAAACUCCGAGUAGGGACGCUGUUGGAGGUCAAAGGACCGGCACUAUUGGAAUGGGAAGCAACAAGCCCAGAGCUCAUUGUGCUUACACCAGGGUUUGAAGAGGGCGGGAAGUUUUUGGCAGUUGCAGGUAGUUUGAUUGCGUUGACGGCAGCGCUUGUAGCGACGGGCAGCAACUAG